CUUCGCAAAGUAAUGUUGCCACAUCGCAAUAAAAACUCUUAUCAUACCCAAGCACAUGUGGGUUUGAUUGGAAGAAACAAAUUGCAUUUUAUCAAUAAAAUGGAACCAAUUCUGACUGCAACUCUUAAGAAAAGAGAGUCCCGAGGACUGGGCUUCCGUCUCCUGAUCUGCCACCUCAGCAAAAAGGACACAGAGCUGGCUGAUAAGACUGGAAACAUUUGGUUGACUCUCACCUUCCAAGCCUGCAACGCGACGGAGCUGAGUUCGUAUGGAGAUUUGAUUUUUUCGACAUUGGCGCUUCUUAUAAAAAAGAUCCAACACGACGCCAACUUGUCCAAAACAUUUACGUCCACCUACUUGGCUAAAAUCUUUGACAUUAUCUCCCGAAGGGAAGUGUUCGAAAACCAAUCCUGUGCACUGGCAGCUCUGAAGACCAUCAAGCUGUGUUUGGAACAUUAUCCCCGAACCAUCAAGUCUGGAAAGGUGGCCAUCGAGAAAUUUCUUUUGACUUCAUUGGACAGCAAUAACAAGGAUAUUGUGGCGAAAUCUGGGGAGUGCUGGCUUUUGUUGCAAAACGUUCGCAGUCCUUCGAAUCAAGGCAACAUCAACGACAAACUCAUUUGGCACAAUUACCAACUCUUAUUACUUAAAAAUCUCAACACUGUCGUAAAAGAGAACUUUGCCAUGUCAAAGGACACUAUGGAGAGUUGUACUUCAGGUCCGUUUUCAAUCACAGUGGCCAAGGAUCCUCUAGAGCGGACCUCACAGAACUUCCGUCGGUUCCUCAACCUGGUGGAGUUUCUAAAGAUCGCGCUGAGCAAGCCAUUUGCAAACAAAAAGUUAGUCAGCACCCAACAAGUCCUGAGCUUUAUUGGAAAUGGGCUAUCGGUGAAUGGCGUCCAGAAAAUAAACGCACAUAUUGAUAAUGUUUGCUUUGGAAUCUACUUAACAGAAGUAAAGAUUAAGCUGCUGGAACUGCUGGAAACCCUCAUAGACGUCUGUCACACCCACCUGAGGAUGGACUUCCGGGUGAUCUUGAACAUAUUGCUGGAUUCUCUUGAAAAUACGAAAACCUUACUGUCCACCGGCAAUCGCGCACAAUUCGCCAAGGUGCGGUCAGUUGUUUACAGAGUCAUAUCCAAGUGGUGCGCCACUCUGCAGGAGGGGAGCCAUUGUGAGAUUAUUUCAGAGACCCUGGUCAAGGAAAUAUUGGAAGAUAUUCGUCAACGGCCUGAGAAGCGCAAAAACCCAAAUCCAACGCCUAAAAAUCAGCAAAAAGGAACAAUUUCUGCGCUGGAACUCCUGCAGGGCAAUGAGGACAAGGAACUGCUGGUUGGUGAAGCCUUCCACUGCCUCCAGAAACUUCUAUCUUCUGCGGGUCAUUCGCUGAAGGUCUCUCUUUUGAAGGAUGUUCACAGUUCGCUUCUGGAAACCUGCACUCGCAUACAUUCGGAUCCAGGGAGGAAGCGACAUAUACCUGUCCUCUGGAGUUGUCGCUUGGAAACAUACAAACUAUUUGUAUUUCUUCUAAAAGCCCGAAACAAUAACUGCCCACCGCCUUCAGAGAUAUAUCUCUCACUUUUGUCGCAAUCCAGUGUGUUUGGAAACAACAUUAAGCUGCGCCAAAGUUUUAAGGCCUUAUCCGAAGAACUAGAACCAUAUCUGCAUCCGCAAAAGAUUAAUAUUAACUUUAAACGGACUUUUGAACUGAAACAAAACUUAAGCCAUCACGAAGAAGACAAUUUGCCAGAAAAUAACGAAACCUCCACACCUAUUUUUGAUCUGCUAGCUCCGGGGGAAUUGCAAAAUGAAGAAAUUCAAUUAUUGCCAAACAAUGAAACUCAAAUUGAAGAAACCUCCAACCCCGCAGAGGUAAAUGAAGCCCUCGUCCCUACCGAGGAUGAAGAAAAGUCAGCAGAAGAACCAGAUACUUCCAUUGUCUUGGAGGCAACAGGAAAUAUUCAUAGUGAAGGUUCAACCAAUUCAAGUAUUUGUUUGAGUGAAGGUUGUCCUUCUGAAAUUUUUGAUAAAACAGAAACCAAGCAAAAUGGAAGCUUAGAAGAAGAUAUGGAUUGCGAAAACUACCAAGACGCUUUGGAACAUUCAGAGAACCACAAUUCUUCUGCAAACAUAAGCAGCCCAAUUAGGGAAGAACCAGUAGCCGAGCCGACAUCUCCCAGUAAUGAAAAGAAAGAGGAACAGUCCCCCAUGGACUUGGAAGAUGAGGAUAAAAUAAUAGCUGAACUGGAGGCAUCAUUUGUUAAUGAAUUAAAAUAAAAUACGUUCUUCGGUAUAUUUGAAAACCCCUUUGACUUAAACUAAAACAACAAAAUAUCUUAAACAUCUUGAGUAAAUUAAACUUUCCUUAUUUCUGUUACGUAUUCAUAGAAACUAAUGUCAUGUCGACCGGCAACAAUCGAGUCGCAAUAAUUGUCUGAAUAUCAGCGCUCAGGAGCCUCCAAUCUAGAAGAGAUAGAAAUAAAAUGAGUAUGAUUUUCUUUCAAGUAAAAUAAAA